CCUGCCUCCCUAUAUAAGAGAAAGGCCUCUCCUCUGAGGGACGGAAAUUAUCCAACCCUCGACGAAGACAACAAAAUGGUCGAGAUCAUUGAUGAUGCCGCCAUGACUUCUGCCUUUCUGCCCGGUCGCAACGGAGCACUACAUCUGUGGAAUACCGUCAAAAAGCAACAUCCGCGAAAUCAGCUCGUGGCCGUUCAAGACUGCUUGGACCUCGACCUGUUCUUUGAAGCCAAAGAUGUCAAGAUGACGCAUUGCUCGGAACACCAGCACGCACACUUGAAGCUAUCGAGCUUACAGACCGGCCAGGGCAACAUUGUCGACUAUUAUCUUGGUGGGAAUACAGCUCUCCUUCGGGGUGAGACCGCCAAGUUGACCGCCAAGGACUACCGGAGUGAGCUGCAAAAUGGAGCUUUUACCGUCCAGUACGAUGGCCAGAGCUUCCUCGUCUACACCUUCGAGUUCCAGUCUGGAAUGGAGUGGAAGCAGAUGUGGCUUCUCUCGUUUGCGGGCGCCGACGACCUCGCCGGACGAAAGCUCCUUGCAGACGCGUACGCCUGGCAGGGAACCCUCAAGGACGAAAUGUGGGUCUACCACGGAGCUGGCGGAGGAUGGCGAAAGGACAAGUCAUUUUACAAAGCGGUCAAGAAUGCGAAUCCCGAUGACAUUGUUCUCCCGGAAGCAACGAUGCAGAAUUUAGUUCGGGACACCAACAAGUUCUUUCAGAGCGCAAGUCUAUACAAAUCGCUCGGCGUUACUUGGAAGCGUGGCGUCCUCCUCCUUGGACCUCCCGGUAACGGCAAGACAGGUGUCAUCAAAGCGCUCCUCAAGAUGUGUGAGAGAUUCCCGGCACUCUAUGUGCAGAGCGCAAAGACGCAGCGCGGAGCCGAAUGGGGCAUGCAAACGAUUUUCGCCAAGGCACGGAAGGAGGCGCCAUGUAUCCUCGUGCUUGAAGACAUCGAUACGCUCGUCGAAGGUGACACGCGAAGCUUUAUGCUCAAUCAGCUUGAUGGGAUUGAGCCGAACGACGGUAUCCUCGUCAUUGCGACGGCAAACGAUGCAAGCAAGCUCGACGAGGCCAUCCUUCAUCGUCCCUCCAGGUUUGACACCAAGUACUCCUUUAACCUGCCCGAUGCCGCGUUGCGCAAACGCUUCAUCAACAAGUGGCUAGAGGAAAAAGUCAAGCACUCGACGCUGAUCUUUGAUGAGAAGCACCGCAACACUGAUACCUUGAGCGCAGCCCUAGUAGAAAAGACCGAAGGCUGGUCCUUCGCUUUUCUCAAAGAGCUCUUUCUCUCCUUUUUGCUCGGUAUUGCUUCCCAUGACGGCUCAGAGGCGAGAGCAUCGGUGGCCGAGCUCCUCCAUCACGUCGAUGUGCUGCACGAACAGACGAAGGCAGCCGAAUAGACCCUUCACCCUAUGUAGCCUUAGCCCUGAAUGCCCCUCACUCGAUGUAAAGAUGUUGCGAAACGCCUACGCGCAGCUGAUUUGUGGCGAGCAUGAAGCGGAGAGCACGGGCGUGCAGCUGGCAGAGAUUGAGGUGCUGAGCAAGACGGCACACCUCGCCAACGUCGACGUCGAGCACUUGCUCGGCAUGGCAAGAGACACGUCAUUCAUGGGCAUGAAGCAGUGACCCUACCAGUUCAAGUCGUGUUGGGACGGCUUGUCCUGACUGCUGCUUUUGUGUGUAGUUUGAGGCCUGAGCCCUCUCAAUAGUUUAUGU